CGGGGGCGGGGAGGGGUGGGUGGGAGAGAGACUUUCAAAGAGACAGAGCGAGAGGCCGAGACCGAGGCUGUCCUUAGCACAGGCUGGGUGUCUUGGGACUCGAAUCCCUGGGUUGGGCCGGGUGGGAGCGGGGCUUUGGGAGGAAGCAGGUGGUUUUCCCCGUCGUCCAUAUCUCGCCAAUAUGAGAAUGGCGGUCGUGCACUCUGCGGGUGGCGUUGUUCUGUUUCCCUGCUUGGGGGUGGCUCUUUUUCGGCGGAGAAAGAGGAUCCCGAGACGCCGCGGGCAUUCGUAGCCGGCCGGGCUGCACCUGGGCUAGGAUCAUGUUCAGCGGGUUCAGAAAUCACCGUGUCCUUGGCAUCACCUCCCUCCCCACCUCCUCUCCCACCGCACGGCAGGAGACAAGUGACUGGAGAGUUUUCAAGGAGGACUGCAUUGCCUCUAUUGAAACAAACCGUCCGAGAAACCCUUUCUCGGACGUGUGACAGAGAGACGGUCAUGUUGUGACAUAUGAGUAGACGUGCGUUUAAAGGGCGCUGUGAUUCCUGCAUUCGUGCGCAGGAAUGGUCCAGGCCAUUUGUGUCCAAUAGCCGCACAAGCUGCAGAGUCUCAUGUUUAGAGAAGGAGGGCCUGUCCGUCGUCCACCUUGCUGGAGUACAGGCGACCCUGGGCGGUAGCCCUCUGCGCCAUCAGAAAUGUGCUCUGAGUAGGCACAGAUUUCCAUUCGCAUCUCCACUACCAUUUCCCUCUACUAACAUACCCCUGUUGGGUGCGUUGGAUUUGUGCGUGGGUGUGAGGGUAGUUUCAUAUGUUUCCUCGCAAAAGGAAAAGUGAAUGGCCUUCCUUGGCCGAGCUUAUCAGGGUGCUAGCAGUGGAGAGAGAAAGGACUACUGUAUUCUUAGGAGCAGAAUCUCAACAACUCCCUGUAAAACGGGCAGUGUGUCUUACCUGGAAUGCUUUGGCAUUUAAUAAAAUGUCCUGUGAAUACUUUUCAUAGGGAAGCACUGUUUUUACUGUUUCUGGUUGGACAGUGGUUACAUUUCAAAUCGUAGUUCAGAAUUCGCGCAAUACCCAAAUUAAAUCUCUACGUGGCAGUAAUCCAUUUUCUUUCCUUAGUGUGUGGUUGGAAGAUUAAUUUGAGUAAGUGUUCAGUUCUGGGCUGGGCAAUCGUGCCGGGCACGGGAAAUUUAGGUUCCUUAAGGGAAAGGCCUGAUGUGCUAAAAUGAAAUCUAAACUGUAUUUAGCCGCUUAUGACAAUAUGAAGGUAAGGAGAGCCACAGGUAAGUAUAUGUCUGUGAAUGCGAAUUAAAACGGGUGACAAUAUAAAGAGAGAUUGGUGUCACAAAUGGUGAAGUGGCUUUUGUAUUUCAGCAGACCUCAGUGAGAAAUGGUCACCACCACUCCCUAGAUGUGUGACCUUGAGUGAGUUGCUUAACCUCUCUGAUCCUGUUACAUCAUCUGCAACUGGGGAUGACGAUAUAUAUCAUAGCAAGCCCUGGGAGAAGCUGUUCCUGGCCACCUGGGCUAUGGUGGUUUUGACUUCUGUGUCAGAAGUACCCCCGUCUCAUGCCUACCAUAGUUGUCUUUUUGUUUUGUUUUCUUUUGCGGGAUGGUCUCACCUGUCACCGAGGUUGGACUGCACUGGCCUCAACCUCCUGAGUUCAAGUGAUCGUCCCACCUCAGCCUCCCCAGUAGCUGGGACCAUAGCUGUGCAGCAUCAUGCCUGGCUAAUUUUUUAAAUUUUUUGUUGAGAUGGUGGUCUCGCCCUGUUGCUCAGGCUAGCCUCAAACUCCUGGGCUGAAGCAGUCCUCCCACCUCAGCCUCCCAAAGUGCUUGGAUUAGAGGCGUGAGCCACCAUUCCUGGCUCCUUGGACAAUAUUUUAUUUCUCAGAUUAAGACACGUCCUUGGGAUGGGGCUGCAUUGGAUAAUUCACUGAAGGCACCGCUGAAUGGAGUGGGCCCUCAGUAAAUACCUGGAGGAAUGUGACCUGGCCAGUGAGGUUAUUUUCUUUUGUAGGUGAAAGGUGUAGCAGUCACUCGGCCUACACCCACAGCAUCGACCUUGUGAACCCAGCGACCUGACUGCCUUGGGAGAAUUGAAGCGAAUGAGAGUGGGGAGUGUGAGAGGUGUGUUCGGUGCAGCAUUUCUGGCAUGGGAGCAGAACUGGUCAGGAGGAAGUGACGUCUGGGUUCUGCCCGCACACAUUCCUCGCUACCUUCUUGGUGUCUGAGAACCUCCAGCUUCACCUCCUUUUCUGGACCUGGCGGAGCUUCCAGCUGGGACCAGACCUCCAUGGAUCCACUCCAGAAACAGAAUCCAGCAUCGCCUUCCAAAUCUUCCCCGAUGACAGCUGCAGAGACUUCCCAGGAAGGUCCAGCGCCCUCUCAGCCUUCAUACUCAGAACAGCCGAUGAUGGGCCUCAGUAACCUGAGCCCCGGUCCUGGCCCCAGCCAGGCCGUGCCUCUCCCAGAGGGGCUGCUCCGCCAGCGGUACAGAGAGGAGAAGACGCUGGAAGAGCGGCGGUGGGAGAGGCUGGAGUUCCUUCAGAGGAAGAAAGCAUUCCUGCGGCAUGUGAGGAGGAGACACCGCGAUCACAUGGCCCCCUAUGCUGUUGGGAGGGAAGCCAGAAUCUCCCCGUUAGGUGACAGAAGUCAGAAUCGAUUCCGAUGUGAAUGUCGAUACUGCCAGAGCCACAGGCCGAAUCUUUCUGGGAUCCCUGGGGAGAGUAACAGGGCCCCACAUCCCUCCUCCUGGGAGACGCUGGUGCAGGGCCUCAGUGGCUUGACUCUCAGCCUAGGCACCAACCAGCCCGGGCCUCUGCCUGAAGCGGCACUCCAACCACAGGAGACAGAGGAGAAGCGCCAGCGAGAGAGGCAGCAGGAGAGCAAAAUAAUGUUUCAGAGGCUGCUCAAGCAGUGGUUAGAGGAAAACUGAGACGUGCACCCACGUGGGAUGGAGACCCGAAGGGACUCAGACGGAGCCGCCGUGUUGGCAGCGCCUGGGUGUGGGCCCAUUUUGGGGACCAAACAGCAAGCUGCGGUCGGAUGAGUGCCAGGACCUGUGUACCGGGACACGUGGGAAUCCUCCCAGCGUGAUGCUUGACCGACCCGAGGAAGGUCCUCAUCUUUCGUGCCUGUCAUUCUUGGAUGGCUGUGAGGCAUUCCUUGGCAAGGGACGCUGCGUACCAGCGGUCCUCGCCACGUCUCACAUGGCUCCUGUGAUGCAUGUUGUUGCUUUCCCACCCGGGAUCUCCAUCUCUCGUCCCUUCCUGCUGUCAGUAAGAGAUCACAUGUCUGUGUAGUGUGAAUGCCUUGUCGCUGUCCUGUGCUUUUGCACCAUUGAGUUGACUGCCUCUGAGAAGCAGCACUAGGCCUGUUGAAAUGCAAUGUGCUGCCUUGAGAUCCAGUUUCAAGAAUGGGCAGGUAAACGCAGUGUGGGAAAGGAAUGUGGAAUGAGAACUUGGUGGUUCACCGCUAUACUAUUUGUGUAAAUGUUUAUGUAUGUGAUAAGCUACAUGUAUGUAAAUGUUGCAAUACCCCUAACAGUCGAGUAGUAGUCUCCCUUACAGGAAUUUUUGACGGGGUUCCUCAUCAUCAAUACCAAAUAAAUACAUGUAGGAAUGGAAAA